AUGUCCACCACCGGCCAAUGGGAAAUGCACUCGGUUUGGCAGUGGCUAGACGACGAGCCCAACCUCAGCGUCGCCGUCAUCACCGGCACAGGCCGCGCCUUCUCCGCCGGUGCAGACCUCAAAGAGUGGAACGGCAGCAUGUCCGACGAUGCAGACCCGAGCAAGCGCAUGGGGAACAAACCCGCUUUCAUACCUCUGAGUAGGCGAUUGGGCAAGAAGCCUGUGAUAGCGGCGGUAAAUGGGCUGGCCAUGGGUGGCGGCUGCGAGUUUGUCGUGAACUGCGACUUGGUGGUUGCGAGUGAGGAUGCGGUAUUUGGAUUGCCCGAAGUGAAGAGGGGCGUUGCGCCUAUAGGAGGUGCGUUGCCGCGACUGAUACGGACGGUGGGUUUGCAGAGGGCGACGGAGUUUGCGCUGAUGGGAGAGCCAAUCACUGCGCAGAAAGCGUUUGAUUGGGGAAUCGUGAACAAGGUGGUGAAGAAGGAACAGGUCGUUGAUGAGGCUGUGCGGUAUGCGGCUGCGAUCGCAGAGAACAGCCCCGAUGCGAUUAUAUGCACGCGGGUGGGACUGAGGCAGGGAUGGGAGACUGCGGCCGUAGAGAGGGCUGUGGAGCUCGUCCUAGAUAGAGAAUGGGCCGAGUUGCAGAAGGGCGAAAAUAUCAAGGAAGGCUUGAAAGCUUUUAGUGAGAAGAGGAAACCUAUAUGGAAAGGUAGUCGACUGUAA